AUGCUCAUACAAAAGAAUUACACCUUCGAUUCACUACGGGACGAUGGGACGCUGAAAGCUGGGGACCACGACCAUGGAACGGCAGUAAAGAAGGAGGCACUGGCGUUGAGCUUUGGGCGUGGAUUGAUGCGCCGGGAGAUGAAGAGUAUGCUCCUCACUCAAAAUAUGUCAUGGGAGGCACGCGACGCUGACUUACUUAGGGCUUUUGCCAAAUGGAUCACCCUGACGCAGUCACUCUCUGGUUUGUUCUGCGCAUCCCUGAACUUUGUGGACUCGACCCGAACUACUCGACCUGUGGUUUCUUUUGAACCGGCUGGGGACCACUCAGCUGCCGAUCAACUGCAUCUAUUGCAUGGAACGCUUCCCGGAGAGGUAGUUUGCACAGAGAAUUUGACUCCUUUCUUAAAGCUGCUUCCUUGCAAAGGCAAAGCUGGAAUCUCCUCACUAUUUGACGGGCACAAAUUGUUCGAUGCCGCAUGGCAGAGUAUGUCAGUGGAUAUCCAGCCGGUCUGUUCUGCAGACGGAGAAUGUGUCGUUCAGAUCGAGCAAACCGUGGACAUGGUCUUGGAUAUUGACAGGUCAAAGCGCUCUCGCUCGAACCCAAUUCCUCGGCCUGUGCCUAAUGAGCAGCUGGUUUGUGACACUUCCAAACCUUACAAUUCAGAUGAUACCUGUUACCCGCUGGAGAAUACCAACAACAAGGCGUGGAGUCUUACCGAAGUCUUUGGGCGGAGCCUCAAUGGUGUUUGUCCUCUUACAGAUUUCGAUGGCUCUAGCGAUCAAAGCGUCUGCCUUCGGGUGCCUCAUGAACGAGGUGUCUUCAUAUCUGAGGAGGCCAAUGAAAUCAAGAAAGACGAUGGCUUUACGCGCUGUUUCAAAUUGGCGCCAUCGGUGUCCUUCGAUCUUUCGAUUCCAGAGCAGCCAGUGAACACUGAAGUUCCUUUGGACGAGCCUGUUUUGCAUGCGGAGCGAACAAUCGUUGGCCACGGCCAGGAGCGCGGUGGAAUGCGCAUUAUCUUUGGCAAUCCAUCCAACACCAGCGCAGUUGAUUUUAUCUACUUUGAGUCUCUUCCGUGGUUCCUCCGACCCUAUAUACAUACUUUGCACGCCACAAUCACAGGGCAGGAUGGAGUCCUGCGCGAGGUUCCAGCCUCUGACAUCGUCAAAGAGACGUACUACCGGCCCGCCAUUGAUCGCGAGCGUGGAACACAAUUAGAACUGGCGCUGUCUGUCCCCGCCGCAUCAACCGUCACAUUGACUUACGAUUUCGAGAAAGCCAUUCUUCGGUACACCGAGUACCCACCGGAUGCCAAUCGAGGGUUCAACGUUGCACCUGCAGUAAUUCGGGUCUUAGAUAAGGCCCACAAUGCGCCGAUCUACAUCCGUUCUACGAGUCUACUGCUUCAACUCCCCACCCCGGAUUUCAGCAUGCCAUACAAUGUGAUCAUUCUCACUAGUACCGUUAUUGCCCUUGCAUUCGGAACUAUCUUCAAUAUCCUAGUUCGACGAGUUGUCUCCCUAGAUGAGGCUGUCGCUCUUGGAACACAGACUUUGAAAGGCCGGAUACUGGGGAAAGUGGUGGCCAUUCGAAGUCGAUUCCGUGGGAAGGAUACCAAAGUCGAGUAG